AGAAUGGUGUGUUGCUGUCCAGUGACAACAACCCUAGUGGUUGGUGCAAUCGCUUUUUUCAUUUACAAGAAAUUCUUCACGCCACCAACAAUUAAACCAAAGCCGGCGAUUCACAAAACCGACUACAAGAAAGAUACUGUUUAUCUUUACCAAUUCAAAAGACUGAAAAACUGCCCAAAUCUUUCACCAUUCUGCAUGAAAAUUGAGAUUCUUUGCAGAGUCUACAAUAUUCCUUAUGAGAUUGUGGAGAGUUCAAUGGCUCGAUCGAGAAAUGGAACUUUACCUUUUAUCGAGCUCAAUGGGGAACACAUUGCAGACUCUGAUCUCAUUGAGAUUCGCCUGAGACAACAUUUUAAGAUUCCAAGCCUCCCAACCGAACAAGAAGCGCAGUCAGUUGCUUUGAGCAGAAUGGCAGAUAAUCAUCUUUUCUAUGUACUUCUCCGCUACAAGAGCUCAGUUGACAUGUUUUACGAGAUCAUUGUCGGGCUUCUCGGUUUACCAUCAGCAUUCAACGCCGUAUUGGUUCCUCUGGUCAAAGCUGUGUUUGGAAGCAAAGUUUAUAGUCGUUGUGUUGGGGCAAUUGGAGAUUUUGAGCCACAUGAGCUUGAUGAGCUUCUUCAUAGAGAUCUCAAAGUAAUUCAAGACUCUAUCAAAGGGAAAUUCCUUUUCGGAGACAAGAUCACACCGACUGAUGCAACCGUAUUUGGACAAUUGGCAUCCGUGUAUUACCCACUUCGUUCGCAUAUCAACGACGUGCUGGAAAAGGAUUUCCCAAAAAUUCUUGAGUACUGCGAAAGUGUUCGCAAGGAAGUGUACCCCAAUGAUUUCACCAUCUAACUUCAAUUUUUAGUUAAUUUUUCUUGUCUUACCUUUUCUUUAGCCAAAUAAAAGUGUCUAUAACAAUAAGUAUUUGUAUCUUCAAA